UAAAAACGCUUGACACGACGACGCCUCUGCGCAGUUUUCAGUGCACCCUCGAUCUUCGAUCAUCCACAUUCGGACGCAACGAACAACGCUGUUGGUGAAGCAAACCAUGAAAAAUCGUUGUCACUGCAAAGUUGAAUUUCUUCCGACGAUGCUUCUUCCGCUCAUCGCUCUAUCGGUUCUGGGUGGCGCCCUUGCCCAGGUCCCCGGUGUGAAUAAAUGCCCGGAUAUCACUACCGAUUCACAUUUCAACGUUACCAAGUUUUUAGGAAGGUGGUACGAGGCAGAAAAAUUCUUCGUCAUUUUCGAGGCGUUUGGUAAAUGCAUCACAGCUGAUUACACUGCCGGCCAAAAUGGCACGAUGAACAUGGUCAACCGACAGAUCUCAACAGUCACUAGAGGCAGUUCGUCGGUCGGAGGAAUCGUUUAUACCCCCGAUGCCUCCCAGCCUGGCAAGCUCAAAGCUCUUUUGAACAUUGGGCUUUUUCACCCCGAAACUGAUUUCUGGGUUCUGGGAACCGACUACCAAAAAUACGCCAUUAUCUAUACCUGCGUAAACUUACACCUGGCGAACUUGCAGUUUGCAUGGAUUCUGACCAGAGAGAGGAACCCACCAGACUCUGUGAUCACACAAGCUCGAACUGUCGCCGCUAGCCAAGGUCUCGAUACGUCUCGGUUCAUGAAAACAGACCAGAAGGACUGCUGAUGAGUCGAGCUAUAAAAUAAUGUAACUUAAAUUGUAUACUUGGAUUGCAAUUUAUUUAGUCUUAUAUUUAUUAACAGUCUACCGAAUAAAAAAUUUACUUGCAACAACA